AUCUCCCGGGCUUCAGUUUAGCGGCGGGAAAGCAGGCCGCUUCUGAACUGCCUCUGCUUUCCCUGCGUGGUGUAGCCCUUCGCCCUAGCCAGCGAUGGAGAAGCAGCCCGAGGAAGAAGGCGCCCCCGAGCCCUCGGACUUCGCAGGGGCAGGCGAGGCAGGCGGGCCGCCCCAGGUCGCCGGCGCCCAGGAGGCGCGCAGCGAGGAUCGCAUGAGCCUGCUGCUCAGGUUGAGAGCACAGACAAAACAACAACUCUUAGAAUAUAAAUCGAUGGUUGAUACAAAUGAAGAAAAAACUCCAGAACAAAUCAUGCAAGACAAGCAAAUCGAAGCUAAAAUUGAAGACCUGGAAAAUGAAAUUGAAGAGGUAAAAAUUGCUUUAGAAAUGAAAAAUCUUGCGUUAGACAGGAUGCGGCUUUCAACUGUACUUAAAAAAGACCUGGAGAAAAUUAACUUCAAGACUAGUGUGCUCAUGGAUAACAUGAAACAAAUAUUAAAUCUGAAUAAGUUAAUAAUGAAAUCACAGCAGGAAUCUUGGGAUUUAGAGAAAAAACUGCUUGAUGUUAGAAAGAAGAGAUUGCAAUUAAAACAAGCUUCAGAAAGUAAGCUUUCAGAAAUACAGACUGAAAAGAACAAACAGAAAAAUGAUUUGGACAAUAUGGAAAAUUCAGACAAGAUAAAGACCAUACAACAAAACCUACAGAAGGAGAUACACAUUACUACAGUUAUUCAACAUGUGUUCCAGGUAACACAUAUUUAAAUUAGGAAGUAAGAACCUCAUUUUGGGAAGUAAAGUCAAUUGGGCAGAGGAUUCAGCAUUUAAGGAAACUGUUCUGCAGCUUGAGAAGAAUCUCACAACGCUCUAAUAAGAAUUCUAUUUUGACAUAUUUCAUUUUUGUCUUCAAUAUGUAAUUUAAUAGCAAAUUCUAAGUGAAAUGUA